GCGAGGCGGGUGAUCCAGGUGCCGCGGCGCCGCAGACACCUUUGCGCAGACGCUCGCGGGGAGUGGCGAGGAGUGGAGUGCCCAGUCCGGCUCCAGAGACAACGCGCACCACCACGCCAGCCAGUUGUCCAGGACUGGUUUGGAACAAUAACAAGUCAUGAUGAUGUCUGUGCGCCUCUGCGUGGCUUUGGCGGUGCUCGCUGUUGCCAACGGAGUGCCGCCCAAAGCCAGCGACGUCGGAUGGGUGGUGCUCAACUCGGGGGUCAACUUGCCCGUCGUGGGGCUCGGCACGUGGCAGGUGACCGAUGACCGCGAGCUGGAGCAGGCCCUGGACGCCGCCCUGGAGGCCGGCUACCGCCACAUCGACACGGCCACCAUCUACCGCAACGAGCACCUGAUCGGCAAGGUGCUCAAGCGGUGGCUGUCGGAGGGCAAGGUGAAGCGCGAGGAACUGUUCAUCACCACCAAGCUCCCCGUCUACGGGAUGAGGCCUGCCGACGUGCCGUACUUCCUCAACGAGUCCCUCACCAAGCUUCAGCUGGACUACGUCGACAUGUACCUCAUCCACAUGCCGUUCGCCGUUAAGCGCGAGGCGUACAACAAUGGCCGCAUCGACGCCAACGGCACCGACCUCACCACGGACCACCUGGCCAUCUGGAAGGCCAUGGUGGCCGAGAAGGAGGCCGGGCGCGCCAAGGCCCUGGGCGUGUCCAACUUCAACGAGACCCAGAUCGAGCGCAUCAUCAAGAACAGCCCCGUGCCGCCCGCCAACCUGCAGGUCGAGCUGCACCUGUACCACCAGCAGAAGCCCCUCAUCAGGUUCUGCAGGAAGAACAACAUCGCCGUGACGGCGUACUCGCCCAUCGGCAGCCCCGGCUCCAAGUGGCUGACGCUGUUGUCAGGGAAGGAACUUCCCGACCUGUUGAACCAGCCCGAUGUCAAGGCCAUCGCCCAGAAGCACAACAAGACCCCCGCACAGGUACUCCUGCGCCACACCGUGCAGUGGGGCGUCGCCGUCAUCCCCAAGAGCUCCAACCCCAAGCGCAUCCGCGAGAACAUCGACAUUUUCGACUUCAGCUUGGACGGCAAGGACGUCGCCACCCUGGACGCCCUGGACAAGGGCCUCGACGGCCAGCUGUUCGACAUGAAGCACAUCGGGGGGUCGGAGAGCCACCCCGAGUACCCCUGGACGGCACUACUUGACAAGCCAGUCGCCUAACCGCAUACCAUUGCAGAGCAACCCAACAACCCGACAGUUGCACUCUACAUCAUUUGUACCCAAAAUGAAGUAACAAUAAAUUGAAUCAAUACAC